UCCUCGGUCUGCAUGGAUCAGUAGAGGAUGAAGGCCAACCCAGCAGGCUCCUCCUCAGAGGCCUGCAGAGCUGCAGGCCAGGGCGAGAAGAGCUGCCCUGUCUGCCAGGCUUGGGGAGGAGUCUCAGGCCUGGGGUCUGAGUCAGGGAUUGGCCCCGGGCUGGGUGCAAUUUCAGGACAUGGACCAGGGCCUACUACAGUUCUGGGGCCGGGGCUGGGGCUUGGUGCUGUGUCCAGACCUGGGCCAGGGCCCGGUGUGGUUCUAGAACCUGGACCAGGGCCUGGUGCUGGGUCCAGACCUAGGCCGGGGCCCGGUGUGUUUCUAGAACCUGGACCAGGGCCUGUUGCUGCUUCAGGACCUGGACCAGGGCCUGGUGCUGUGUCUGGACAUAGGCCAGGGCCUGGUGCUGCUUCAGGACCUGGACCAGGGCCUGGUGCUGUGUCUGGACAUAGGCCAGGGUCUGGUGCUGCUUCAGGACCUGGGCCGGGUCUGGGGCCUGGGCCAGGAGCUGGGUCAGUCCCUGGGCCGGUACCUAGGCCAGGAGCUGCAGCAUUACCUGGGCCAGGGCUAGAGCCUAGGCCCAGACGGGGGUCUGGAACUGGGCCCAAACUCAGCGAGCCAGAGACAGCUUCCACAUCAGCACCACGGCAGAAGACUCAGGCCACACACAGGCAGGCCCCUCGGCAGAAGGUUCUGGUGACUGGAGGAGGAGGCUAUCUGGGCUUUAGCCUGGGUUCCAGCCUGGCCAAGAGUGGCAGCUCUGUCCUACUGCUCGACCUCCGCAGACCGCAGUGGGAGCUGUCCCCAGGGACCGAGUUCAUCCAGGCGGAUGUCCGCGAUGAAGAAGCCCUGUAUCGUGCCUUCGAAGGGGUGGACUGUGUCUUCCACGUGGCGUCCUAUGGAAUGUCCAGUGCUGAGAAGCUGCAAAAAGAGCAGAUUGAGUCUAUAAAUGUUGGAGGCACCAAAGUAGUGAUCAAUGUCUGUGUCCGUCGGCGGGUCCCAAGGCUCAUCUACACCAGCACGGUCAAUGUCGUGUUCGGCGGGAAGCCCAUAGAACAGGGUGAUGAGGACUCUGUGCCAUAUUUCCCGCUGGAGAAGCACGUGGACCACUACUCACGAACCAAAGCCAUCGCUGACCAGUUGACCCUCAUGGCCAACGGAACACCUCUCCCAGGAGGAGGCACUCUGCGGACGUGUGUGCUCCGGCCCCCAGGGAUCUAUGGCCCUGAAGAGCAGAGGCACCUGCCCCGCGUAGCGAGCCACAUCAAGAAGAGGCUAUUCAUGUUCCGAUUUGGGGACCGCAGGACACGGAUGAACUGGGUCCACGUGCACAAUCUGGUGCAGGCACACGUGCUGGCGGCUGAGGCCCUCACCGCGGCCAAGAGCUACGUGGCCAGUGGCCAGGCAUACUAUAUCAAUGAUGGGGAGAGUGUCAACCUCUUCGAAUGGAUGGCCCCGCUGGUAGGUGUCCAGACAUCCACCCACCCCCGCCCCGAGUGAGGAUUCAGGGAUUCUGCACAUCUUCUCUCCUUGUCAUCCUUUCCUCCAUCCAGAAAAUCAGAAGCUUUCACAUUAAAAACCAGCUCUGGUGAUAGUGUCCACUGGGCAACACCGAAACAGGCUAGAGCUGGGUGUGGCUGCCUCUUUGGGGGACCAUGUACUCCCCUGGGUUGCCAUAGUCCCUCCCAGCCUGACUCCUGAUUUAUGUUGACUUGCCCUGUGUGUGUUUGCUUGUGACACCCCCAUACUGUGUGACAAAGCUCCACAAGGGGUAAGUAGAAGGUAAACUGAAGCACAGAGGGAGGUGUUGCCCCUGGGGCUUCCUAUGCUGCCGCCCUUCGGAGAACCCUGGCCUCCUCAUCCAGUACCCUACAGACCCCUUCUUGGGGCCAGGGCUGCCUGGAAGGGGUCGACCAGCGGCCCCGUGCUGGAGGAUCCAUCCUGUGGCAUUCAGGCACAUCAAUGUCAACAGCUUUAUUGAGAUAUUAUUCAUAUACUGUACGAUUCACCUAUUUAAAGCACAUAAUUCGAUGGUUUUUCAUAUACUCAGAGUUGUGCAACCAUCACCAUAAUCAAUUUUAGAAUAUUUCCUCAUCCUCCAAAAAAGAACU